ACCUGCUGUCAGCCAAAGGUCCUCCACGAGCCUCAACCAGCACAGAACUCUCUCCUUUCUGUCCUCCCCCCAGCUGCUGUAGUUUCAGCAAUCACUCGUACAUUGUUUUAGUGUGCGACCAGUCCCUGAAGAACAAGGACCAGAUACGGGCAGGGAGACAAAUGUUAGCUGAGAGAGAGCUUCACUUAUUUAAAUGCUGCUUAGAGCGGUUUUCGUGGAAUAAUGCAUCAGGGUCACGUGGCUGAUCAUAAUGGGAUUUUCCUGUGUUUCCUGUUUUCAGCAUUAUCGUUGGUCCUGCCAACUGGACUCUCUAUAUUUUCAUCUAGUUUGUUUUGACUUUGCUGCAGCCUUGGAGACCACAUUUGACAGAUCUUGCAGAGAGAACUGGCUUUCGGGAGGUUUCUGUUUGUUUAUCUUUGUGCUUGAUGCCGUCACACCCAUCUUGUGGUUGCUCCUCAGGCUGAAGCGAGCAGAUCACCAGAUCCUCUGGGACCAUCGGCUCCACUGUCAGAGGGAGCAGCCCAGCAGCCUGCCCAAAGUGCUGGUCAGUGCACCCAGCUGGGACUGGGCCAGUAUGGCUCACAUCCACUCCCUGCUGCACCAGUGGCCCCCCCUCCCCCCGGUCAUUGCUCUGGAGCUGCUCGACUCAAAGUUUGCAGACACAGAAGUGAGAAGCGUGGCUGUUAGCUGGAUUGAGAAGAGCAGUGAUGAUGAGCUCGUUGGUUACUUGCCUCAGCUGGUGCAGGCUCUGAAGUUUGAGUGUCACCUGAAGAAUGCCCUCAUCAUGUUCCUGCUGUCCAGAGCUCAGGGCAACAUCAACAUCUCCCACUACCUCUACUGGCUGCUGAAAGACGCUGUGCACGACCCCACCUGGGGGCAGCGAUACGAGCGGGUGCUGGGCGCCCUGCUGAGCCUGUGUGGAGCCAAACUGAGAGCUGAGCUGGAGAAACAGACCAACCUGGUCACUCUGCUGGGAGCCGUGGCCGAGAGGGUCCGACAGGCCAGUGGGUCCACACGACAGGUCGCACUGCAGGAGGGCCUUGAAAAUAUUCAGAACUUUUUCCUGAGGAACAGUUGCCGGCUUCCCCUCAGCCCCAGCCUGGUGGCCAAAGAGCUCAACGUCAAGGCCUGCUCCUUCUUCAACUCGAACGCGGUCCCUCUGAAGCUGGCCCUGAUCAACGCUGACCCGCUUGGAGAAGAGAUCAAUGUCAUGUUCAAGGUUGGAGAAGACCUGAGGCAGGACAUGUUGGCUCUUCAGAUGAUCCGCAUCAUGGACCGCAUCUGGCUACAGGAGGGACUCGACCUCCGCAUAGUUAACUUCAAAUGCAUCUCCACCGGCAAGGACAAAGGAAUGGUGGAGCUGGUGCCUUCGUCCGACACCCUGAGAAAGAUCCAGGUGGAGAACGGCGUCACGGGAUCUUUUAAGGACAAACCGCUGGCUGAGUGGCUCCGCAAGUACAAUCCAGCUGAGGAUGAGUAUGAGAAGGCCUCAGAGAACUUCAUCUACUCGUGUGCAGGGUGCUGUGUGGCCACUUAUGUGCUGGGAAUCUGCGAUCGCCACAAUGACAACAUCAUGCUGCGCUCCACCGGUCACAUGUUCCACAUCGACUUUGGCAAAUUUCUGGGCCACGCUCAGAUGUUCGGCAGCUUCAAAAGGGACCGCGCUCCCUUCGUCCUGACCUCCGACAUGGCUUACGUGAUCAACGGUGGCGAGCGUCCGACCAGUCGUUUCCAGCUGUUUGUAGACUUGUGUUGUCAGGCCUACAACCUGAUCCGCAAGCACUCUGGGCUCUUCCUGAACCUGCUGUCACUGAUGACAUCGUCCGGCCUCCCAGAGCUGAGCGGCCCUCAGGAUCUGAAGUAUGUGUUUGAUGCGCUGCAGCCCAACAACACAGACGCAGAGGCCACUAUUUUCUUCACCAGGUUGAUUGAGUCCAGUCUGGGCAGUGUGGCCACCAAGUUUAACUUCUUCAUCCAUAAUCUCGCCCAGCUGCGCUUCUCUGGCCUUCCAGCCAAUGACGAGCCCAUCUUGUCCUUUGCCCCCAAAACCUUCACACUGAAACAGGAGGGCCACAUCGUCCACGCCUCCAUCUUCUCUUUCCAGAAGAGAUACAACCCUGACAAGCACUAUACGUAUGUGGUGAGGAUCCUGAGAGAAGCUCAGAAUGAGCCUCAGUUUGUCUUUCGCACUUUUGAUGAGUUUCAGGAGCUCCACAACAAACUCACUAUCCUGUUCCCGCUUUGGAAACUUCCAUGUUUCCCUAACAAAAUGGUGCUUGGCCGCACCCACAUCAAAGAAGUGGCAACCAAGAGGAAGCUGGAGCUCAACAACUAUGUGCACAACCUGAUGAGGAGCUCCACAGAAGUUACACAGUGUGAUCUCAUCUACACCUUCUUCCAUCCAAUCGCACGGGAUGACAAGACAGAAGGUUUAGACGCUGCAUCCAGAGCCCCAGCAGAGCCUCCGCUGAGCCCCACGUCUGGUCGCGUGGAAGGAGAAGUGAAGCUCUCCAUCUCCUACAGGAACAGCACCCUCUUCAUCAUGGUCAUGCACAUUAGAGACCUGGUUUCUGAGGAUGGAACAGACCCCAACCCCUAUGUGAAAACCUACCUGCUUCCAGAUCCGAACAAGACUUCCAAACGCAAGACGAAGACUUCCAGGAAAACCAGGAACCCUACUUUCAAUGAGAUGCUGGUGUACAGUGGCUACAGCAAGGAAACCCUGGGCCUGCGUGAGCUGCAGCUGAGUGUGCUCAGCGCCGAGUCACUGCGUGAGAACUACUUUCUGGGAGGCAUCACGCUAAGACUCAAAGACUUUGACCUCAGCAAGGAGACGGUCAAGUGGUACAAACUGACGGCCGUCCCCUACUUCUAACCCGACCCCCUGCCUCCAUGGGAAGCCAGGACGCACGCCCGGCCUUCAGGACAAAGCCUGCCCCGCCCUGAUCUGGGAAACACUGUGGGUUUGACCUUACUUGAAAAUACUGGUCACCUCAGCCUCUGGUUCGGUAAAACGAGUAAAACUCUUUCUGAUGUAAUUGAAUUUGAAGUAUAACAGUGAGAUCGUCUUCAAACCAAAUGGAACAUUACAUUCACAUUGUGUUGUAAUUAGUGUUUAUUUGGGUUAGAAGCAUGCGUAACAAAGCCCAUGUGUUGAUCAGACGGUCAGAUUCACAACGUGUCCAGAUAUCAGAACUGAAGCACAUCACAGGCUAAAGGUCCCUGAGACGCGCCUGAAGGGCGACGGACAGGCCUCCGUUAAAGGCAGCCUGCCCGCAUCAGUUCCUCUAAAAAUAAAGAUUGUUUUGUGACAAUCUCCUUGUGUUUCACACCUUUUUCCUAAACGGUAACAAAGAGCUAUAAGGUUUUGUACAUUUUGAUAUUAGAGGACCAAACCGCUCACUUUCAGAAGAGUAUAUAUAGAUUGACACAUUUAUUUUUUAACGUAUAGAAAAGUGGGGUUUUGCAUUUUCCUUGUUUCUUCUCUUUGUGGGCAAAAAGGAGACGUGACCGUUUCUUGUGGUUAGAGGACUAGGACACAGGUUUCAUGAAAUCACCCCUGACCUUAAUGUCCCCAGGAAUGUGCCAAACGUCAGGAGAGACGGCAAAUGAACCACUGCAGGGAGCUGAAGCGGUGCCUUCAUUUGUGCUCAGUCUUGUUUUAAUGCUCCACUCGGCCUUAUGCUAAAUGUUUUAUUAACAAUGUGACGUGUCCUUAUUAAAGAGAUUCUCUAUCAGUAGUUCUUCCAGGGCAGGUCUUGUGACAGAGCUGCACUUAAUGCACACUACCAGGUCUUUCUCCCAUUGUCUUAGUGUUUUCUCACCUUUUCGGCGAUUUUGUAUCAUAAGCUUUGCAAAGCGCUCUUGCUGUGGCUGAUGGAUCGAGACAGAAUGUCUCAGAUCAGGGUUUGUAUUUUGUUUCAGAUGGUUCAAAACAGCAUUUCAGAUGUUUGAGUUAGUUUGUCUUUGUGUAGCGUUCGUACAAAAUGCAGCUGGGCGGCAACAACACACUUGUGCUUAACCAGUGUCUGACAUUAGAUACAAACUAAACACAGAUCAGCACUGAGAAGGCAACGUUAACUUAAACAUUUUAAUAUAAAGGGAACAAGCUCCUGGGAGAAAUUAGCUGCUUUUCACUUUCUAACGUUAAAUUGAAAGUUGUUUAAUAAAAAAAUAAGAAUGCUUUGUUUUUAGGAAAUCUAGAGGACAGUCAUGAUCUAAGACUCGCACUAUAAAUAUUAGUGACUUGAUCCACUCUUUUAGUGACUGUACAAAGUAUUAACACGGCCAGUUAUUUAUUUGUAAUUGGUAACCUGUAACCAGGAUGGAUCAGUGCGUACUGUAAUCCCUCUUUGCUAAAGCAAAAUUAAACGUUUUUGCAACAAA